AGAAAACAGAAAAUAUAAAAAUAAAAUUUCCGCACUCCCGACUCUUGGUGUGGUAGGCAAUUCUGAAUCGCGAGGUUUAGUUCUCCGGCUGAAUCAGAGAACGACGAGUCGGAAAAAUUCGAAACUCUAGAACUGAAUAAAUGUCGACGUGGCAAUUAUUUCCCGAUUCCAGCGGCGAUGGUUUCCGGUGGGAAGUCGCUGGCCGGAUUCUUCAGUCCGUCUCGGAUUCUACGCCAACCAAGGCGCUCGAAUCGACAGCUCCUCUACCUUCUAUGGCCGAUCUCUUGCUCCAAGGAUGCUCGAAGCUUAUAGCACGGGAAGAAGCGAUGCCUGGGGAAAUCCCAAUGUUCAGGACUGGGCUAGGGAAGUCUGUAGUUCUUAAAGAGUCUUCGAUUGCUAAAGCCAAAUCCAUUUUAGCAGAGAAGGUUACUUACUCAGAUUUGCGGAACACAAAUUGCUCAAUUCCCCAAAUGAGACAAGUGGAUACAGCUGAAACUUUGCCAAUGUUCAGGACGGCCUCGGGGAAAUCUGUCCCUUUGAAAGAGUCUUCAAUUGCCAAAGCUAUGUCUAUUCUAGGAAGUGAUAAGAUUAUUGACUCAGACAACGUUCUUCCCAGGGAGAGUGGAUUUGGAGUUUCCAACAGUCUUUUUCAGACAGCUUCCAACAAAAAGGUUAAUGUAUCUUCUGCCGGUUUAGCAAGGGCCAAGGCAUUGUUAGGACUAGAAGAAGAUGAUUUGAAUGGAUUUAACCAUGUGAACCAGUCGUCUUCUUCCUCCCAGCAACAUGGGUGGUCCGGAUUAAAAACUCAUGAGGAGUUUGAUGCUACAGUAGUUAAGCAUCAUUCAGGAACUCCAGGACAAUAUGAGGAUUAUGUAUCUGGGAAGAGAUCUGAAGUCUUAAAUCCAUCUUUAAAGGUGCCUCCAACAAAGUUUCAGACUGCUGGUGGAAAAUCAUUGUCAGUGUCAGCUGAGGCGUUAAAACGUGCCAGAAACCUUCUUGGUGACCCUGAAUUAGGGUCUUUCUUUGAUGAUGUAGCUGGAGGUGAUCAAUUUUUUACACCAGAGAAAGAUGAAAGGUUAAGUGAUAUUGCUAUAAACAAUGGAAGUGCCAACAGAGGUUAUAUUGCUCAUGAAGAAAAGACAAGCAACAAACAUACGCCAAAUAGUUUUGUAUCUCCUCUUUGGUCAUCUUCAAAGCAAUUUAGUUCAGUCAACUUGGAGAACCUAGCUUCAGGGGGUAAUUUGAUCAAGAAAUUUGAUGCGGCUGUUGAUGAGACCGAUUGUGCUCUGAAUGCUACACAUGGACUAUCAAAUAACAGGUCUUUGGCAUCAGAUAUGGCAGUGAAUAAUUCCAAGGUAAACGGUUUCAUUCCAAGAGGUAGGCAACCUGGAAGGCCUGCUGAUCAGCCACUUGUUGAUAUAACAAAUCGCAGAGAUACAGCUUAUGCAUACAAUAAACAAGACAGUACCCAAAAGAAAAGGCUGGGAAAGACAGUCUCCGUUUCUCCUUUCAAAAGGCCAAGGAUUUCAUCCUUUAAAACUCCUUCAAAGAAACAUGCUCUGCAAGCUUCAAGUGGUUUGUCUGUUGUAUCGUGUGAUACACUUACUUCCAAAAAGGUGCUUUCUACAAGGUAUCCAGAAAAGUCUCCAAGAGUAUAUAUCAAGGACUUUUUUGGAAUGCAUCCAACAGCUACGACCAGGAUGGAUUAUGUGCCAGACCAUGUCAGAAGAAUCAAAUCAAGUAAUGCAGAUAAAUAUGUAUUCUGUGAUGAGUCUUCUUCAAACAAGGUUGGAGCUGAAACUUUUCUUCAAAUGUUGGCUGAGUCUGGUGCUUCCUUACAACAUGCAUCCAGAAAGUGGGUCACUAAUCACUAUAGGUGGAUAGUCUGGAAACUUGCAUGCUACGACAUAUACUACCCAGCCAAAUGCAGAGGAAACUUUCUGACAAUCACCAAUGUUCUUGAGGAACUAAAAUACAGAUAUGAGAGAGAGGUCAAUCAUGGUCAUUGCUCUGCAAUCAAGAGGAUUCUGAGUGGUGAUGCUCCAGCUUCUUCAAUGAUGGUGCUCUGCAUAUCAGCUAUUAAUCCAAAGACCGAUAAUGAUUCUCAGGAAGCACAUUGUUCUGAUAGUUGCAGCAAUGUGAAAGUAGAACUCACUGAUGGGUGGUACUCGAUGAAUGCUGCUCUGGAUGUCGUACUAACAAAGCAGCUGAAUGCUGGCAAAUUGUUUGUCGGGCAGAAGCUUCGAAUCCUCGGGGCAGGACUUUCUGGCUGGGCUACCCCAACAUCACCACUUGAGGCAGUGAUUUCAAGUACAAUCUGUUUGUUGUUGAAUAUUAAUGGGACAUACAGAGCUCACUGGGCGGACCGACUAGGCUUCUGUAAAGAAAUUGGUGUCCCUCUGGCUUUAAAUUGUAUCAAGUGCAAUGGGGGUCCAGUGCCUAAAACGCUAGCUGGCAUCAAACGAAUAUACCCCAUCCUAUACAAGGAAAGGUUAGGUGAAAAGAAGUCAAUAGUUCGAUCAGAGAGAAUAGAAAGUAGAAUUAUACAGCUGCAUAAUCAGAGGCGCUCAGCUCUUGUUGAGGGUAUUAUGUGUGAGUACCAGAGAGGAAUUAAUGGUGUUCACAGCCAGAACGACACUGACAGCGAAGAAGGAGCCAAGAUCUUUAAGCUGUUAGAGACGGCUGCUGAACCUGAAUUUCUUAUGGCAGAAAUGAGCCCAGAGCAGUUGAGAUCUUUCACUACAUAUAAAGCAAAAUUUGAGGCAGCCCAGCAAAUGCGGAAGGAAAAAUCAGUGGCAGAAACUCUGGAAGACGCUGGUUUAGGUGAAAGGAACGUCACCCCGUUCAUGAGGAUUAGGCUUGUUGGCCUGACGAGCUUAAGUUAUGAAGGAGAGCACAAUCCAAAAGAAGGCAUUGUAACAAUCUGGGAUCCCACGGAGAGACAGAGAACCGAGCUGACAGAGGGGAAAAUAUACAUGAUGAAAGGGCUAGUACCAAUAAACUCAGAUUCAGAAAUACUUUACUUACAUGCGAGAGGGUCAAGCUCAAGAUGGCAGCCUUUGUCUCCUAAAGAUUCUGAAAAUUUUCAGUAAGUGGUUUUCUUUAGUAGACACACUGGAAUCUAUCUCAUUAAUUUGUUCAAUUUCCCUGAUGAUGUUUUCAGGCCCUUUUUCAACCCUCGUAAACCAAUCUCUUUGUCAAAUCUUGGUGAAAUUCCUCUUUCAAGUGAAUUUGAUAUCGCUGCGUACGUUGUAUAUGUUGGAAAUGCAUACACGGAUGUUCUACAAAAGAAGCAGUGGGUGUUUGUGACAGAUGGAUCCGCACAACAUUCAGGGGAAAUCUCAAACAGUCUUCUUGCUAUAAGCUUCAGCACCUCAUUCAUGGAUGAUAGCUCUGUUUCCCACAUCAGCCAUAAUUUGGUUGGAUCCGUGGUAUGUACAAAUUCUAAUCUUUGUCUAGUUUUACACAGAGAGAAUAUGCACCAAGAGAUUAAAUUUUGAAAAAUAUAUGCUUGUUAUGGGUCUUAAUUUUUGGCAGGUCGGAUUUUGCAAUCUAAUUAAAAGAGCAAAGGAUGUGACAAACGAAAUUUGGGUUGCUGAGGCAGCAGAGAACUCAGUCUACUUCAUAAACGCAGAAGCUGCCUACUCUUCUCACCUCAAAACCAGCAGUGCCCAUAUCCAAACAUGGGCUAAGCUCUCUUCUUCCAAAUCCGUCAUUCAUGAACUUCGGCAAAGAGUCUUAUCUAUAAUCGGUGCUUGUAAAUCACCUUCAUGCUGAAGAUAAAUCAUACCCCACCUCUUCUCUUAAGUUUUGUUUAUAAGUUAUCUAACCCUCUGCUGAUUGUAUCUAUUAAAGCCCAUUUUGCUACAUCAAUUUCUGAAAUUUGAAAUGUAUGAUCUACUCUCAUUGAUCAAGUAACUUUGAAUUAUUUUGUGUUGUAAACAUAUCUAAAGGUUUGAUGAAGUUGCAUUAAGAAAUAACAUUUAUGCUA